GUAAAGACAGUGCCAUUGCAAUACAAAUCACCGUCGGGGAAUAUAAUCAGAACAAUCUGAGAUUCUCAUCCUUGCGUUUAGGUUCAGAGAGAAAGAGAGAGAGGGAACGAAAUGGGAGUGCUUUCCAAUAUGAUCGAUCGGGAACAACUGAAGCCCGGUGAUCACAUUUACUCUUGGAGGCAAGCAUACAUCUACGCGCAUCACGGAAUAUAUGUUGGUGAUGGACUGGUAAUCCAUUUUACCAGAGGAGCAGGCCAAGAAAUUGGAACAGGAACUAUGUUGGACAAUCUCCUUUUUAGUUCAUCUCCCUCUCAUUCUUCUGAAAGUCCAUGCCCAAGAUGUGGUGACCAAACUAGGACUGAUGGUGUCAUCUCUUCUUGUUUGGAUUGUUUUCUUUCUGGUGGUAGUCUAUACAUCUUUGAGUAUGGAGUCUCACCUGCAUUUUUUUUAGCCAAAGCUCGAGGAGGUACCUGCACCCUUGCUCCUUCUGAUCCAACUGAAGAUGUCCUUCGCCGUGCUUCAUUUCUUCUUGAAAAUGGAUUUGGGGGCUACAAUGUUUUCAAAAAUAAUUGUGAAGACUUUGCGAUUUACUGCAAAACAGGUCUGCUUGUAUUCACGAGCAUCAGUGUUGGCCGGAGUGGGCAAGCAGCAUCUUGCUUAGCUGCUGCUAGUGCUGUAGUUUCUACCCCACUUCGUUUUAUGACCACCAGUUUUAGUGGUUUGGCACUGGUUGGCUUUGGCAUGUAUUGUGUUAGCCGAUUGGUUUCUGAUAUUGGGGUACGCCGUGAUGUGUCUAAAGUUCCAGUGGAAAGGCUUAUAGCUUCACCAGAGAGUACGAAUGAGAUGGCCAAGGAAGAUUAGCGUUGGUUGAAAAACCCAUCGUAUGGAAUGCUAGUUUGAUUAAUGUUGUCAAUUGUUAAAUGUAGACAUGUGAAAUUCCAUUCAUUUCUUCGAUAUAUGCUGUUUUCAUUUGUGCAGUUUCUACAUAUAUUCACAAACAAUUAUGUUCUUUGGGUAUUCCAUCAUCUGCAGCAAUUAUUUUGCUACCUUGUUAAUUUAUAAAACAAUGGCUUGGGCUUGUAGCUUGUAGCUUGAUUUCUGUUAUCAAAAUAACAUGACGACCCUACCCAUCGGUCUCAUCCUAUACUUUGCAACAGGUGCAUUCUUGGCUUGGAAACAUUGCUUGCACCUUAGAUGGAGUGCAAAAUGAAGGAUUGAAAGGAUUUGUUUCACAGAUUUGUGUUUUUGUUUAUGUGCAUAGUUGUUAUAUUUGUGUAUAUGAAUAUAUACUGAAAAAUGUGAUGAAACUCUUUUCAGGUUCAUCAAUAAAUUUAAUGACCUGUGUAUGUGUAAUGUGCAUUGAAAGAUGAUCUUUCAUGAGAUAUUUAUAUAUAUGUUGUCUACAUAUGU